AUGAAGAUCCUUGUGAGAUUGGUAUGGAUUAGUGUACUGCUGAAAGUGGGAAGUCCGGCUCAUGGGCGGUUUGCACAGAAGCUGCUGAAUGAUCUGAUGGACAAUUACAACUCAGCUCUGCGGCCGGUGGACGACACAGAUAAAGCCCUCAAUGUCACGCUACAGAUCACGCUGUCCCAGAUCAAAGAUAUGGAUGAGCGUAACCAGGUCCUGACUACUUACCUGUGGGUGCGUCAGGUCUGGCAUGAUGCAUAUCUGCGGUGGGAUAAAGAGGAGUAUGAUGGCCUAGAGGUCAUCCGGAUCCCCUCUGAACUUGUCUGGAGACCUGACAUCGUACUUUACAACAAUGCUGAUGAAGAGAAUAAGGAAGGCCCUCCUGAGACUAAUGUGGUUCUGCGUUAUGAUGGUGAGAUUACCUGGGACUCCCCUGCAAUCACUAAGAGUUCCUGCAAGGUGGAUGUCAACUAUUUCCCCUUUGACAGUCAAAGCUGCAGCCUCACUUUUGGCUCCUGGACAUACAACGGAAAUCAGGUUGACAUCAACUUGGACAAGGACAAGCAAUUUGGCGAUCUGUCCGACUUUGUGGAGAACGUGGAAUGGGAGUGCCACGGCAUGCCGGCCAAGAAGAACGUCAUCAUGUACGGCUGCUGCUCGGACCCCUACCCCGACAUCACCUACACCUUGAAGCUGAAGCGCCGCUCCCUGUUCUACAUCUUCAACCUGCUGCUCCCCUGCUUCCUCAUCUCCUUCCUGGCCCCGCUGGGCUUCUACCUGCCGGCCGACUCUGGAGAGAAGGUGUCUCUGGGCGUCACGGUGCUGCUGGCCCUCACCGUCUUCCAGCUGAUGGUGGCUGAGAGCAUGCCGCCGUCAGAGAGUGUGCCGCUGAUUGGGAAGUACUACAUAGCAACAAUGACGAUGAUCACAGCAUCCACAUCGCUGACCAUCUUCAUCAUGAACAUUCAUUUCUGUGGAGCAGAAGCAAAACCAGUUCCUCACUGGGCGAAAAUCCUCAUCAUUGAUUACUUGGCCAAGCUGUGCUUUGUGUAUGAGGUGGGCGAAAACUGCACCUCCCCUGACGUGGGCAGCAGUCCUCUCUACACCGAUGAGCCCAUGAGCGGAGUUUAUCACGACGACGCUUACUAUGGCAACCACUACCUUGAGAACGGCCACUAUAAUGGACAUUACAAUCACUGUCAGGACAGUGGGAAUUACCGCCAUCACAAUCACCACAACAACCUCAGUGACAGCCGGCGAGUGGCCCACGUCCAAAGGACUGGGCCACAGAGGGGAGAGGACAGGAGAAGGCGAGAACCAUCUAUGCCACAUAUCAUGCGAGACUCAAACGUCCACAUACCUGCUGCCUAUGAUCCACUAGAGGAGAAACUUAAGGUCAGUGAUUUGUCUAUCCCUGAGAAACUCCAGGCCUAUGGCUACAGCCAAGGAAAUGACUUCAGCCAUGAGAGCGCUUACAGAAGUAGCAACAGUUAUCAGCACGGGGCCACGGCUCGUGGGAACUGCACUUGUGGAAUGCCACAGAAAGUUGUGCGGAACAUUGAGUACAUCGCCAACUGUUUCAGGGAGCAACGGUCACACCAGGCGAAGGGUGCCGAGUGGAAGAAGGUCGCCAAGGUGAUGGAUCGCUUUUUCAUGUGGAUCUUCUUCAUCAUGGUCUUUCUGAUGAGUAUCCUUGUCAUUGGUCAAGCCAAAUGACCUGAACUGGAAAUCCUAUUUUACACUGUAAAUUGAGGUGUAAUAUGACCAUGUUUACAAUAAAGAACAUACAGGAAAUCGGUCAGAGGCCGUGUUAACCAGUUCUGUAAAACAGCAAUUCAUGCUGAUGUGAUGGAGCCACAGCAGUGAAAAUAAACCACCAUUUGAAUGCUAUUUUGAACCUCUUUUUUUGGUAAAGAUAGUUUUAUGAUCAG